UUUGUUGAAAAAAAAUAUUACAUGCUUACUGUAAAAGUACUACUUUACAUCUAAAGUGGCCUUAAUUUUGCAUUUACGUGAUAUUAAAAGGUCUUAUAACCUCUAAAAUUAAAUGUUAUCAUACCUGAAGAUAUCCUGUAGUGUUAAAGUAUUCUUGGAACAUGUGAUUCAUGGUGAUUGAGUAACUCUUAACCGUGUUAACCACAGAAACAUGUUGCAAGCGCUGCAGCAACAACUACUGUAGAUGUGGUUCUUUUCCUCACAGCAUGGUGAUGUGAUGAUGUCAAGAAAAGGCAAGUACUUUUUGUUUAUUGCAUUAUUAUUUUAUUAUUACAUUGAUGGUUUAGGUUUCAUUAUUGUAACAUAUAGACAACACUGAUAACCAUAGAAAUGUUGGAAGGAUGACGCAACAUGCAAUUCAAUUAAGAGCAUACAUAGUGAUUUUGUGUUUUGGCUCCGUCCUAAAUUUAUAUAUUAAUUUGAAUUUUUACCACAAACUUUUGCUGAUUUUAAAGCGUAUUUACUGUUUAUUUCCUUGAUUAAGGGAUAAUAGGAAAUACAAAAAAUAAUGGCACACUACAUAGAAUUAAGUGUGAAUUUUAUAAUUUUAUAAAUAUAAUUAAGUGUGAUUGGGACAGGUCAAAUUGAUUUUCAGCUGUAAAUUGCUUAAUUUCUUACGAGAAAGAAUAAAAAAGGUUUUGCUGAACCCUAUAUUAAAAUGUGAACAAUAUUUAAAUGAACAUCUUAAGUAUAACAAAAUCGGUUAAAACAUUUCUGGAGCAAAAUAGGCCCUGUUUCACCCUGUGUUGUGUGUGUUUUUUUUUUUUUUUUUUUUUUUUUUAGAUAAUGUUAAAUUCUAAAAAAGAAAAAGAAAUCAUGCAAUAAAACAUGCAGAAAGGUUGUGUAUUAGUUUUAUUUCUUAAAGAGUAUUAACAACUGUACAAAAGACUGUAACACAAAGAAAAUAUUUAUAAAAUACUGUUUUACAUGUCUUUCAUUCUAUGUAUUUUACAUGUAAGAAUUGUUAAGUUUAUUAUGUAAUUGUGUAAAAAAAACAUUUGUUUUUGUCAGCAGAUUCAUUUUAAAAGUUGAGGAUGAAGAAUAGACACGCUUUCUGUUUGCUUCUCUGUUUGGUCCACCUAUGUCAUUAUGGAUUUGCCCAGUGGCAUGGAGGAAAGCAAGUGAAAAGUUACAGUUAUAAAGAAUUUACUGUGACUGUUCGAGACCUGAAACAAUGUGAUGGACAGGACAAUGUUUGUGUUUUGCACAAUAGAGACUGCAACUGUAUGCUAUCACCUCGUACCGACCUGUUCUUGAACAUCUCAUGUCAGUAUCUUGUCUACAAGAAAAUGUUUGGGUGCAAAUGGAUUUAUUUAAAUGAUGUCAGGACUGAGACGAUACAUUCAUUCAUUUUGAGUCAAACUACAGAGAUCAUUCACUGUCCAUCCAUGUUCAGUUCUGCUGGUGAAUUUAAUUUAACCAUAAAGACAAAGGAUCCCAUCAACAAAAUGGAAACAUGUUCAGAAGUCUACUCAGUCUCUAUUGGAAAAAUAACUCAGGCUCCACAACCUACUAUCACAUCAGUGCGGGCGGGAAAGUCAUCACUGAAUGUAACAUGGACCACUAAAUGGUUUACCAAAACAUGUAAGAUACAUCUCAAACAGUCCACCAUGGAACAACUGAUAGAGGUGUCUGUUAAAAAUGAAAAUGAAAAUGGUGAUGAAUUUUUUCAUGUUAUUGAUGGUUUGCAAGCCUUUAGCCAGUACAAUCUUACUAUUGCCUGCAAAGCUUAUGGCCUGUGGAGUGAAUGGAGUGGCGAAUUUCAAAGAAUGACAUUAGAGGAUGCACCAACUGUAUCACCAAAAGUCAGUUACUGUGUUGAGUCGUUAGACAAAAUAUUAGAAACUCAAAAGGUGUUACUUGUAUGGAAGGCUUUAGAGAAAAAUGAAGCUCGAGGAGUCAUUCUUGGAUAUGAAGUGACCUAUACAUCAAUCACGCAUCCAUCUCCAGAGAGAAUCAACACCACUGACCUGAAGGCUGAGCUAGUGGUGGCUGCAGGAGACUACAACAUAUCUCUGAGGGCCUUUACCAGUGCUGGACCAUCUCCUCCUCGUCAUGUUCCAAUCAGCACUGUUUUCUGUGAAAGUUUGCCUAGAGUAAAAGGACUCUGGGCUAGCAGUAAUGCAGAUUCACUGAAUAUUCAAUGGGAAAUGGAUCAGAGAGCAGCAAGUGAGACUGAAUUUGCUAUUGAGCUGAUUUCUUCUGGUGAUGCUUCCUCUAAGCAGUGGAAAAGAGUUAAUGGCAGUGCAUUUUCAACUGUUCUGAAAGGGAGUAUCAAACAAUUAGAAACCUACAAUAUCAGAGUGUAUCCCCUUUCUGGCGGUCUCUGUGGACCUCCAGAGUCAAUCCAGGCCAGCUUAGAAAGUGGCACCCUCUUAGAAAUCGUUCAGCUCCAACGUCUGAACAUGACAAAGACAUCGGUGACAGUUCAAUGGGUGUGGCAAAAAAAGGUCAGCAGCACUAAUGUCCUUCAGUACAGAGUCACAUUAGUAGGUGGACCCGAAACAAGAUCAAUAGUAAUUUUCCCACAUCAAUGGCAACAUUCAUUCCACAAACUACAGGCAUAUGUCAAAUACUCAGUCUAUAUCUAUGCAGAAACUGCAGCUGGUCAUUUUUCAAAGGAACACAUUGAGUUUACCACACCUCUUUUAGAAAAUGAUGAAGUAGUAAAAGCUGCUCUUCCGGUGAUACUUCUGAUUAUUGGAUUUGCCAUUUUAUCAAUUCUCUCCAGAACAAUUUACAAAGACUACUUCUUCCCCAACAUUGCUAAUCCUGGCCAUAGUCUCAUUGGACAUUGGCUGCUAAAUCCUCUACAUGAGAGAGCUGCCGUUGUGAGUGUGUUGAAACUGGAGGAUUUCUCAGUGACCAAUCAUCUCACUGAGAAGUGUCUAAUACAAACAGAGGACCAAAAGUCUUUAGAACAGGAGGAGUUUGAUGAACAUAUGACUCUCUCUGAUAUGUCCAAGACAUACCCCGAUAUUGAUCCAGUGGAGAAUUCUGAUGGUUUGGAAAAUUCUCUGACUCGCUCUCCUGCUCUUACUGAGUAUGUUGAUUUGCCUUCAAUUCCUGAUAAUUUUGAUUAUGUUGGAAAUGAUCAUAUUCCUGAUAACUAACUUACUGUUUGUAAUUCCAACUGAGAUAGAAGUGACUUUUCUGUAACUGUGAGAGCAACCUUUAUAGCAGCUAUAUAACUGGAUUAUAUUGUUGACUUAUGCACCUUUAGGAAAUGUAGCGCUUGUAUACCAAUCUUUUUUUAACCAGUCUUUUUUCUUUUUUUGUGUGUGUAAUAAUACUCUUUAAGUAUCACUAACAGUGAUUUUAGUGAAACCGCAGUAUAAAUGUAAAUAAAUAUACAAUGUAAAUAUAUGGAGCUUUACUGUAUAUUGAACCUUGCUGUGUACUUUUAAAAUAUAGCUGUGUAUUUGACAGUAAUGACAACUUAAGACAAGUUAAACUCUAUAUUUUCACUUUAUUUACAAUAAAAGUGUGAAACUGUUUCACA